AGUCCCACAACAGUCAAAUCCAAUACCAACAUCUCGCCACCAACCAUCAAUCGCCUCUUUCUUCCCCAAAUUUUCAGAAUGGCAUAUGAUCAUCAUUAUGCCGUCUUCACGAGCUUCAUAGCUCUAGCUCUCAGCGCAUGUACUCUCACAUUAGCCAUGGAUGCUCUUCAGGAUUUCUGCGUGGCCGAUCUCAAGGGCUCUCCAACCAUCAACGGGUUCGCCUGCAAGGAUCCCAAAACUGUCCAAGCAAGCGAUUUCUCCUUCGGUGGCCUCCACAUUCCUGGCAACACCUCCAACGCAUUUGGCUCUAAAGUCACUCCCGCAUUCGUGACCCAGAUUCCCGGACUCAACACGUUCGGAAUCUCGAUGGCUCGUGUGGAUUACGCUCGUGGAGGGAUCAACCCACCCCACACGCACCCUCGAGCCACCGAGAUUCUCACGGUCAUUAAGGGCACGCUCGAGGUUGGUUUCGUGACGUCGAAUCCUGACAAUCGCCUCAUUUCGAAAGUCCUUCGCAAAGGUGAUGUGUUCGUCUUCCCGAUCGGGCUGGUUCACUACCAGCGCAACACUGGGCAUCGAAAUGCGGUGGCUAUUGCUGCGUUGAGCAGCCAGAACCCGGGGGUUAUUACUGUUGCUAAUGCGGUUUUCGGAUCCAAGCCUGACAUUCCUACUGAUGUGCUUGCCAAGGCGUUCCAAGUUGAUAGGAGUGUUGUGCAGAAACUUCAGGCCAAGUUCUGAGGCGUUUACGGUGAAACAGAUAUAUGAUCGAUUCAGAGACUGAACCAUAUGACGAUCAGUUCAAUGUUUUCUUGUUUUGGCGAUAUAAAUUGGUGGAUUUAUC